UCUCGUACCGCGCUCGCCGAGGGUUGAACAGCGCUCGCUCCGCUGUGAUCAGCUGACUGGUCUGAACCACCGCCCACUCCGUCCAGAGAACGUUCCCCGGUCGGUGAGGAGAGUUUGGUGUUUCUGAGUCUCAACUCUGAUAACCCACAGAAGAACCUCUGUAUAAGACCGCCUCUGUUCCGUGUUUGCCCCGCUCGCGGCGCGCGAUCGACCCGCGGCGGAGCUCGCAGCCUGCCGGCCGACCGGAGCGCCCGGCCCGGCCCAGAGGCGGCCCAGACACGGUCGCCGCUGCACGUGGCACGUCUGCCAGCCGACACCGCAGCAGGGGCGCCCAGCUGAGCCGGCAGAGCACGCUAUUUAUAGACGGAACGGCGAGGGCCGACUGCCAGGAUGAGCAGCGGCGAGCCGUGGGACUACCCGGCCCAGGUGGGCCUCUACGACCCCGCCCUCGAGAAGGAUGCCUGCGGCGUCGGCUUCAUCGUCUCCAUCGACGGCAUCAGGACUAACAAGAUUCUGGAGGAUGCCAAGAAGCUGUCGUGUCGCAUGGUGCACCGUGGCGCCACGGGCUCUGACAACGACACGGGCGACGGGUCCGGCAUCACCACCGCCAUUCCGGACACCAUGUACCGAGAGAUGUGCAGGGAUGAGCUGGGCUUCGAGCUACCCCCGCUGGGCCGCUAUGCCACCGGCAUCUGCAUGGUCAACGACAAGGGAGAGGAAGAGUGCAAGGGCAUCAUCGACGAGUUCGCGAAGGAGUGCAAACUGAAGGUGCUGGGCUGGAGGAACGUUCCCGUGGACAACUCCGGGAUCGGCGCCACGGCCCGGCGCGGCGAGCCGCUGAUGAGGCAGCUGUUCGUGGCUCCGCUGGAUGCCAACAUGCCCGACGACGUGUUCAAACUGCAGGUGUUUGUGCUGCGGAAGCGGUCGACGCACGCCGUGCCGCGGCCGGGAGUGCGCUUCUACAUCAUCUCUCUGUCGAGCACGACGAUCGUGUACAAGGGUCAGCUGACCUCGCAGCAGGUCUGGACCUACUUCCUUGACCUCCAGGACCCGCGCUAUGAUACCUACCUGGCCCUGGUGCACACGCGCUUCUCAACCAACACGUUCCCCAGCUGGGAGAGAGCUCAUCCGCUCAGGAUGCUGGCCCACAAUGGCGAGAUCAACACGCUGCGUGGCAACGUGAACUACAUGAAGGCUCGCGAGGGUGUGAUGAAGUCUGACAAACUGGGAGAGGAGCUGCCCAUGAUCUACCCGGUGGUGGAGCCCAACCUCUCAGACUCCGGCUGCGUCGACUGCGUGCUCGAGUUCCUCGUCAUGGCCGGAGGACGCCUUCUGCCGGAGGCGGUGAUGACGAUGGUGCCGGAGGCGUGGCAGAACGACAAGUUGAUGUCGCCGGAGAAGAAGCAGUUCUACCAGUGGGCCGGCUGCGCCAUGGAGCCGUGGGACGGACCGGCGCUCUUCACCUUCACUGAUGGACGCUUCAUAGGCGCCAUCCUGGACCGAAAUGGCCUGCGCCCGUCUCGCUACUACCAGACCAAGGACAACUACAUGGUGAUGGCGUCCGAGGUGGGCGUGUUCGACACCGACCACGCCAACAUCGUCAGGAAGGGCCGCCUGAAGCCGGGCAGGAUGCUGCUGGUGGACGUGCUGGAGAAGAAGGUGAUCCGAGACGAGGAGCUGAAGCAAUCCAUGGCUACCAGCCGGCCGCUCGGCACCUGGCUCAAACAGAUGGCCAGGCUGCAGGAUUUCUAUGACGCCCAGGUGACUCUGAACGACCUGCACGGCGCGCACAAGGAGCCAUCCGCCGUGUCCCUGAAGCCUCCCAAGCUGGACCUGAAGCGUGUCUCGAGCAGCCAGUCUGCACUGGCGACCAUGACGCACGCCGAGAUGAGGCGCAUGUUCGGUGGUGACCGCCGACUGGCCAUGUUUGGCUUCACCGUGGAGACCAUCACCCUGCUGCUGCUGCCCAUGGUCACCACCAAGAAGGAGGCUCUGGGCUCGAUGGGCAACGACGCGCCGCUGGCCUGUCUGUCCCAGUACAUGCCGCUCAUCUACAGCUACUUCAAGCAGCUGUUUGCCCAGGUCACCAACCCUCCGAUCGACCCGUUCCGCGAGAAGAUUGUCAUGUCACUGGCCUGCCCGAUCGGUCCGGAGGCCAACAUUCUGGAGUCGAGCGAGCUCCAGUGUAACCGACUGUACCUGGAGCAACCGAUCCUCUCUGUCAAUGACCUGCAGGUCAUCGUGGACUGCAAGUACAAAAACUGGCGGACGUGCGUGAUCGACGUGACGUACCCAGUGGAGAAGGGCGCCCGUGGCAUGCUGUCGACCAUUGACCGGGUGGCCGGCGCCGCCUGCCAGGCCGCCAAGGACGGCUACCAGCUCAUUGUUCUCUCCGACAGGAAGGCAGGACCCGAGAGGGUUCCCGUGAGCCCCCUGCUGGUGCUCGGCGCCACCCACCAUCACCUGAUUGAGGAGCGUCAGCGGAUGAAGGUCGGCCUCAUCGUUGAGACCGGAGAGGCUAGGGAGGUGCACCAGAUGUGUGUGCUGCUCGGGUUCGGUGCCGACGCCAUCUGUCCCUACAUGGUGUUCGAGAUCAUGGCCGCCCUCCGUGAGGAGAAGGUCCUGGAUGAGACCUUCACCGACAAGGUCAUCUUCACGAACUACGUGGCGGCCAUGUCCCGUGGCAUAGCCAAGGUGAUGGCCAAGAUGGGCAUCUCCACGCUGCAGUCCUACAAGGGCGCGCAGAUCUUCGAGGCCGUCGGACUCAACCACGAGGUCAUCGACAAGUGCUUCAAGGGCACGGCGUCGCGACUGGACGGCGUCACGUUCAAGAUGCUGGCUGACGAGGCUCUAUGCCGCCACCGUCUGUCCUACAAUCUCCGAGAGUGUGACACCUACGUGCUGCCCAACCCGGGCUACUACCACUGGCGCAAGGGCGGCGAGAAACACAUCAACGACCCGGAUAACAUCGCCAGUCUGCAGGCGGCAGCGCGCACCAACAGCAAGAACGCCUACGAGCGGUUCGUGGCGUCGAGCAUGACCACGAUCCGCGAGUGCACCCUGCGCGGACAGCUGACCAUGGUCGAGUCGCAGACACCGGUGGACAUCAGCGAGGUCGAGCCGGCCAGCGAGAUCGUCAAACGCUUCUGCACUGGCGCCAUGAGUUUCGGCAGCAUCUCGUACGAGACGCACACGACUCUGGCCAUCGCCAUGAACCGGGUCGGCGGCAAGUCCAACACCGGUGAAGGCGGCGAGAACUCUGAACGGUUUGUGAUCGAGGACCCCAAGAACAUCAAACGAUCGGCCAUCAAACAGGUGGCCUCUGGCCGGUUCGGAGUGACCGCCACCUAUCUGGCCAAUGCCGACGAGAUCCAGAUCAAGAUGGCGCAGGGAGCCAAGCCCGGAGAGGGUGGCGAGCUGCCCGGACACAAGGUGUCUGAGGACAUUGCGAAGACGCGUCACUCGGUGCCCGGCGUGGGUCUCAUCUCCCCGCCGCCGCACCACGACAUUUACUCCAUCGAGGACCUGGCAGAGCUCAUCUACGACCUGAAGUCGGCCAAUCCAGCGGCCCGCAUCAGCGUGAAGCUCGUCUCCGAAGUGGGAGUCGGCGUGGUGGCCAGCGGCGUGGCCAAGGGCAAGGCCGAGCACAUCACCAUAUCGGGCCACGACGGCGGCACCGGCGCCAGCAGCUGGACGGGCAUCAAGUUCGCCGGACUGCCCUGGGAACUGGGCCUGUCGGAGACGCACCAGACUCUGACGCUCAACAACCUGCGCUCGCGCGUGGUGCUCCAGGUCGACGGGCAGAUCCGCACAGGAUUUGACGUGCUGGUGGGCGCCAUCCUGGGUGCCGACGAGUUUGGCUUCAGCACGGCGCCGCUGAUCGCGCUGGGCUGCAUCAUGAUGCGCAAGUGUCACCUGAACACGUGUCCGGUGGGCAUCGCCACCCAGGACCCCGAGCUGCGGAAGAAGUUCGAGGGACAGCCGGAGCACGUCAUCAACUACCUCUUCCUGCUGGCCGAGGAGGUCCGUGGCUAUAUGGCCAAGCUUGGCGUUCGCAAGUUCAACGACCUGAUCGGUCAAACCCAGUACCUGAAGCUGCGGGACGACCUGCCGCCAAAGACGAAGCUGCUCAACUUUGCGCGUAUCCUUCUGCACGCCCAGGACCUGCGGCCCAACACCAACAUCCUCGGCGGCAGCGUCGCUCAGGACUUCGAGCUGUCGACCCGGAUGGAGGAGGGCGUCAUCGCUCAGUGCAUGGACGUGAUCGAGGGCAAGACGGACCGUGUGCACAUCCAGGCGGACAUCAUGAACAACUGCCGGACGUUCGGCGCCACCCUCAGCUACCACAUCGCCAAGAAGCACCUGGACGCCGGCCUUCCGGACAACAGUAUCCAGCUGGACCUGAAGGGCUCGGCCGGCCAGAGUUUCGCCGCCUUCCUCUCCAAGGGCGUGCACAUCACUCUCGAGGGAGACGCCAACGACUAUGUCGGCAAGGGCUUGUCUGGCGGCGAGCUCACCAUCUACCCGCCCAAGGACAUGCCGGAGGAGUUCCACUCCGAGGACAACAUCAUCGUCGGCAACGUGUGCCUGUACGGCGCCACCUCCGGCCGCGCCAUGAUCCGGGGACAGGCGGCCGAGAGGUUCUGCGUGCGAAACUCGGGCGCCACCGCUGUCAUCGAGGGCGUGGGUGACCACUGCUGUGAGUACAUGACCGGCGGACGGGUACUGAUCCUCGGACCCACCGGACGCAACUUUGCCGCCGGCAUGUCGGGAGGCAUCGCCUACGUGUACAGCGAGGUGGCCGAGGACUUCCAGAAGAAAUGCAACAUGGAGAUGGUGGACCUGCUCCCCAUGGAGAAGGAGGAGGACAUCCUGUUCGUCGAGGCGCUGCUCCGGGAGUUCUCCGAGAAGACCGGCUCCCUGGUGGCCCUGCGCAUCCUCGACAACUGGCCAGAGAGCGUCAAAAAGUUCACCAAGGUGUUCCCGUACGAGUACCGGAGAGCGCUGCGCCAGCUGGCCGAGGCCGAGUUCAAGAAGAAGCAGCUGGAGAAGAAGAAGGAGGCCAAGGAGGAGUCUGACGAGGAGCCGGACGUGCUGGACAUCGAGGACUCCAUCACCGACCCCGAGAAGGAGAAGAAGGUGCUUGUCAAGCUGGACAAGAUGAGGGGCUUCUUGCAGUAUGACCGUGAGAAGAUCAUGUACCGGUCGGCUGCCGAGCGGAUGAAGGACUGGAAUGAGAUCUACAACCACAAGCUGGUGAAGAAGGGACUGCGGCGCCAGGCGGCAAGGUGUAUGGAGUGCGGCACUCCGAUGUGUCAGAGCACCACCGGCUGUCCGCUGGGCAACAUCAUCCCCAAGUGGAACGACCUGGUGUACAAGGGUCUGUGGGAGGAGGCGUUGGACCACCUGCUGCAGACCAACAACUUCCCCGAGUUCACCGGCCGGGUGUGCCCGGCGCCGUGUGAGGGCGCCUGUGUGCUGGGCAUCAUCAACCCGCCGGUUACCAUAAAAAACAUCGAGUGCGCCAUCAUCGACCACGGAUUCGAAAUGGGCUGGGUGCACCCGGAGCCGCCGCUCAGGCGCACCGGUAAGAAGGUCGCUAUCGUGGGAGGCGGUCCUGCCGGCAUGGCGGCCGCCGCCCAGCUCAACAAGGCCGGCCACACAGCUGUCGUGCUGGAGAGAAAUGACCGCAUCGGCGGUCUGCUCCAGUACGGCAUCCCGACCAUGAAGCUGGACAAGGGGGUGGUGGCGCGCCGUGUCAAGCUGCUCGAGGACGAGGGCGUUAUGUUCGUCACCAACUGCAAUGUCGGUGUUGACGUCAAGCCCAAGGAGCUGCUGAGCGAGUAUGACGCCGUGGUCCUGUGCACGGGUGCCUCUUGGCCUCGUGACCUGCCGAUCCCCGGCCGGAAGCUGGAGGGCAUCCACUUCGCCAUGGAGUUCCUGGAGACGUGGCAGAAGAAGCAGAUGGGUAACGACAUCGACGAGACACGCCUCUCGGCCAAGGACCGUGACGUCAUCGUCAUCGGCGGCGGAGACACGGGCAACGACUGCAUCGGCACCUCCCUGCGGCACGGCGCCCGCUCGGUGACGGCAUUUGAGAUCCUGCCGCGGCCGCCGGACUCGCGCGCCAGCGACAACCCCUGGCCGGAGUGGCCCAAGGUGUUCCGCGUCGACUACGGACACGAGGAGGUCAAGCACAAGUUCGGCGCCGACCCGCGCCACUAUUCGAUCAUGUCCAAGGAGUUUCUGUCGGACGACUCGGACCGCGUCUCGGGCGUACGCACCGUUCGCGUUGAGUGGGUGAAGGACGAGGAGGGACGCUGGCAGCUCAAGGAGCAGCCCGAUACCGAACAGGUGUUCAAGGCGGACCUGGUGAUCCUGGCCAUGGGUUUCCUGGGCCCGGAGGCCGACCUCAUCAAGCAGAUGGAGCUCGAGCAGGACCCCCGCUCCAAUGUCAAGACUCCGCCGGGAAAAUACAAUACCAGCUUGCCGGGCGUGUUCGCCGCGGGAGACUGUCGCCGCGGCCAGUCGCUGAUCGUGUGGGCCAUCUCCGAGGGUCGCCAGGUGGCUCGGCAGGUGGACGAGUUCCUCUCCGACGGACUCACCAUGCUUCCCAGCGAGGGAGGUAUCAUCCGCAUCCCUGCCAUGGGCGAAAAGAAGGCCUGGGACCCGCUGGAAGACUACGAGAUACCCGUGUAGGCUACUAGCAGUCAGCGCCGCCGCUUCCGAGCCACUCUCGUCACUCGUUGCCCGAAGCCGCCGCCGGCUAGACUAGUGCUAAUAGUGGCGUGCUCAGUAGCACCGGAGGGCCAGCCGGCCCAGCUCGACAUCCUGACCCCCGUCGUGUGUGCGGUUGAUCGUCGCUUCUUGUUUGGCUUACGGUGCUACGAGGAGAUAUGGCUGGCGGUUGGGCUAGAUGCGCUGGCGUGAGACGGUGCCCCUGUCGUGUAGAAUGGGUAAAGCGAAGUGGCCCCGUGUGCGUUCGCGGCAAGAGCUUUGGGUGCAGUGGCCGGACGUCCGUCGGAAGACAGGGCGCGGUUUUUUGUUAGUUGAUCUGUGUGCAGCCUGAAGAAUGGAUUAGUGAGGCUGUCGGAAGAAGAGUAAACACGUGCGCAUGUGUCUCCCUGGAGGGCUGAGACGUUGAGUGAGAUUCUGAAGCACGUUUGCUGUGAGAGCUUUGUGAAGUGUGCGGUCGAACGGCGUGGCCCUCGACCCGUUCGAGCAGUGUGUGUGUGUGUGUGUGUGUGAGUGCGUUUGUAAGACCAGCGUAGUGGUGCCCUUUGUCCGAUACACCUACGCGAAGUGGUGCCCGUUUGCAUAGUGGUGCCCGAAAAUCGGGCACCACUAUGCUGAGCAUCACAACGCCUUCCUUAUGUCGUGAUAUAACGUCUGUAUAAAUAUCAGAUGGGCCCCUUUUUACUGGAUUUUGCCAUAAAGAGUGUGACUCAAGGUCACGUGACUUCCCUCGCGUUCACACAAAUCCGCCGGGCAUUUCAGCUUUCUGCUGUGCCAUAUUGAUGACGUAUGAAAGAGAUGGUACUUUGUGAUGAUGGAAUGGGUAGGUAUUUUGCAUGUACAAUUGCAAAUAUUUUGAUGUUUUCGGUUUUGGGUGGCAGGUAGAUUAAAUAAUAACAAAUUCAUACCUAGCGUUUUUAAAUAGGUAGUAAAUAGGCACCUUGAAAUGACAACACGCCCAUCCAGAAGUACUGGUGUCCAGCUCUAUCAACUACCAGUCCGCCAUUCGCGCGCUGGGCGACUUCGAUUUCGACGACAAUCCCAGGUCGAUGUCCGUACUCUCACGUCCGUCCGCGAGUUGUCGCGCGGUCCACCAGGGAGAGGUGGCAAGCAGACUGUCCAACUGGCUGGUACUGCAUCGUUAUAGGGGACCGCUGGUCCGAGCCGCUACCAGGGAGGAGGCUGUUGACACUCAUCAGCUCUGGUCGGGCCACUGGGGAUGAUCGGAGCAGUAUCUUCACCGGAUUGAGAGGAGAUCAAUGUCCGAGUUCGCCUAAUGUAACGACAAUGAAUGCCAAGCUGGCCGCUGCCUGGUCUGCGGUGAAGCAGUGGACACCUAAGCGCACGUGUUGCCGGAGUGUCCGUGCUUUUACGGCCCUCGGCUGUGUGCGCUAUGGAACAUCGUCGGCGCGGCCCUCGAUGUCAAGCGCGACGACGUGGUGGUGACCUUAGCCGCCGGCUACGAGGCCCGCAAGAGGCUUGUAUUGGCUACGGCGGUAGCUGUGGGGACACAGCAACAACGACAUCAACAGCUGGCGGCGGAAGUGGCCCCGGAGCUACGCACCUGCGGACAUAGCUACCGCUGAUCCACAUCUCAGCUGAUGAUGCUCAACAGACGGAGAGACUGAGGCGCUGGACAGCGAGUCUGUCUGUGGUUGUGCUGAAGACGGCGUCGGACGACCAUCAGUUCCGGCUGGCGAAUCUAGCCAGCUCCGAGCCCGUCCAGCUGCCCGACGAGUGCUUACCAAAACAGCCGCUCGCUGCUGCCGUGCGCCAAGAUGGCCGUCCACCGCCACCGAUGCCGCCACUCGCUCGCCAAGACGCCCGUCCAUUGGUGCCACCGCCCCACGCCCACUUGCGCUCUGCCACCGUUGACUGCGGCUAGCCGAGAUUCAGGUUCAAGGUUUAGGCAUACCUACAUUAAUGUUAAUUGCCUAUAUUCAUCGAAGCGAAGGUGUGGUGACAAAGAUGCCUAUGGUGGUGAAAUACGGUGUACGCAGCUCCUGGUGAUGUUUUUAUUGCCCUUAGCUUGCCAUCCAAUACCUAUCAUCAUUUGAUCAUGUAUGCUGACUUGAGUGGCUGAUAUUUGAUAAUAUAUAGCAUGAAGUGUU